UUUUUUUUUUUCACCAUCGACCGAUCGCCUUGUCGCCCCCAGGCGUUUCCUUCCGAACACCCCGCCUCUCCCACCAGCGCUCGACGGCCGUUACCGGAUAGCCAGCCACCAUGAGUUUCGGACAAAAAAAGCGACAUGCGUCGGAAGCGCUAGAGGAAAUGCUGGGGGUCGAUUCUCCCGCCUCCAAACGGUCGAGGGUAGAGACGGGCACGCCUAGCCCGCUCGGGCUAGACGAGGAGGAGCAUGAGGCACGCAACGGGGACAGGAGAGAGGGCGGGGCCGACAGCGCAGGCGAGCGCGACGGAACAAGAUGGCCCAUGGAGAGAUUGCGCAUCAGCGAGGAGCGCCACGGGCCAAAGGGUGGCGGCGGGGACGACGACAACAACGAUAAUAACGACAACGAUGACGACGACGACGAGGUGCGCGGGGCGGCGCCAAUACGGCAGUCGGCGCCGACGGCGGGCUACGACGACCUGUACCUCGACACCAUCGACCGCAACGUGCUCGACUUCGACUUCGAGAAGCUCUGCUCCGUCAGCCUGUCCAACAUCAACGUGUACGCGUGCCUGGUGUGCGGGCGCUACUACCAGGGCCGCGGCCCCCGGUCGCACGCCUACUUUCACGCGCUCGACGACGACCACCACGUCUUCAUCAACAUGCAGACCCAAAAGGUCUACGUGCUGCCCGAGGGCUACGAGGUGCUGUCGUCGUCGCUCGACGACAUCAAGUACGUCUCGGACCCGCGCUACACGCGCGCCGAGGUGGCGGCGCUCGACCGCCGCCGCGCCGCGCCGGCCUGGACGCUGGCGGGGCGCGAGUACGCGCCGGGAUUCGUGGGCAUGAACAACAUCAAGGAGAACGACUACGUCAACGUCGUGGUCCAGGCCCUGGCGCACGUCCCGCCGCUGCGCAACUUUUUGCUGCUCGAGGACCUGGGUGGCGGCGGCGGUGGUGGCGGCGGCGGCGGCAACAACAACAACAGCAGCCAGACGGCCGAGCUGGUGCGCCGCUGCUCGACGCUGAUGCGCAAGAUCUGGAACCCGCGCGCCUUCAAGGCCCACGUGUCGCCGCACGAGCUGCUGCAGGAGGUGUCGCUGCUGUCCAACAAGCGCUUCACGCUGACGGCGCAGUCGGACCCCGUCGACUUUUUGUCGUGGUUCCUAAACAACCUCCACCUCGGCCUCGGCGGCUCCCGCACCCGCCCGGGCAGCAGCAUGGUGCAGCGCGUGUUCCAGGGCCGCGUCAAGGUGGAGUCGCAGGCCAUCACAGCAAAGGCCGACGCCUUUGACCGGCUCCGGUUCGAGGACGCGGCCGAGGUCAAGGUCGACGUCGGCCCCUUCUUGCUCCUCACCCUCGACCUGCCGCCCGCGCCGCUGUUCCAAGGAGGCGGCGACGACGAGGAGCGCAGCAUCAUCCCGCAGGUGCCCCUGACCUCCAUCCUGGCAAAGUACGACGGCGUCUCGGCCCAGGAGCACCUCAACCACCGCCGCCGCUACCGCCUCAUGCACCCCCUGCCCCCCUACCUGAUCCUGCACGUCAAGCGCUUCAGCCGCAACAAGUUCGUGUCGGAGCGGAACCCCACCAUCGUCACCUUUGACCCGCGCGGGCUCGACGUCGCCCCUUAUGUCGAGCCCGACCCGGCCCUGCACCCGCCCGGCGAGCCCGUGCUGUACGACCUCGUCGCCAACGUGGUGCACGAGGCCGUCAAGGCCAAGGACGACGUGGCCGACUCGAGCGAGGAGCGCAAGACGUGGAAGGUGCAGCUACGCGACCGCGCCAGGGACGAGUGGGUCGUGUGCCAGGACCUGUUCGUCGACAAGAUCCGCGACGAGCUGCUGUACCUGGGCGAGACGUACCUUCAGGUCUGGGAGAGGAGGAGGGACGGCAAGAGGAAAGGGAGGGCGGCAUGAGAAGGAAAUGAAAAAGAUUUUUUUUUUUUGCGUCUCUGCCACGGUUAUAGAAGGAAUAUAUCCAUCAUGUCAUGGUCAUAAAAAACUGGUAAUCAUCUUCAAUAAGUUCCCUUCGCCGCCUCGCUUCCUUCCUACUCGAACCUGAAGCUACAGUACAAAAUACACGUAAAUGGCAAGCCAUCGAUAGAAGAGAAUCGCUGAAUCGUAAGAGACGGCAAGACGGAGGGCUUGCAAGUGUCCACCACGCAAUGCUCCGCUCGCCUAUAAAAUAUCACAAAUACCUCGGGGGGGUCGACCAUAGCUCCGGGGGGAAAUAUAUAAGACGAAAAAAAGAAAGAAAAAAAAAGAUUGAACCCAGAUGUGAACGUGAGAACCAAGUAGCAAG